CUUAUUACUGAAAUUAAUUUCUCAUUUUCUUCAAAGACGCAGCACUGUCCUAAAACCGGCCACCACAAACGACGCCGUUUGGCCCUCAAUUCCGCCGCCGUUGGCACCGCAGCUCCACCAUCCACCGCUAGAUGGCGGAAUUCCUCGACCUCGAAUCGCAAGACUCCGUCCGCAUGCCAUGGAACGUCCUCCCCGGAACAAAAGCCGACGCCGCCAACUGCGCAAUCCCGAUCUCCGCCAUCUACAGCCCCCUAAAACCCCUCCCCUCCGCCACGCCGCUCCUCCCUUACUCCCCGCUCCGGUGCCGGAAUUGCCGAUCCGUAAUCAAUCCGUUUUCUAUCGUCGAUUUCUCCUCCGCCAGCAAGAUAUGGAUCUGCAGCUUCUGCCUCCAGCGCAACCACUUCCCGCCGCAUUAUCAGUCGAUUUCCGAACAGAAUUUGCCGGCGGAGCUCUUCCCCCAAUACACGACGAUUGAGUACGAUACUCAGUCCCCUAACGAGAACCCCCAGCCCGUGAGCAGUAACGUUUUUCUGUUUGUGGUCGAUACUUGUGUCAUCGAGGAGGAACUAGGGUUCUUAAAAUCCGCCUUAUUGCAGGUUUUAGGAAUGGUUCCCGAAAAUUGUUUAAUCGGGUUGAUUACAUUCGGGACAUAUGUGCAUAUCCAUGAAUUGGGGUUCGGGCAGAUUCCAAAGGUUCACGUUUUCAAGGGUACAAAGGAGGUAACCAAGGAUCAGUUGUUAGAGCAGAUGGGCUUCUUCGGGAAAAGGCAAAGGCCAACUACAGGUGUUAUCGCGGGAGUUCGGGAUGGGCUUUCACAGGAGAGCAUUGCGAGGUUCUUGUUGCCUGCAUCCGAUUGUGAGUUCGUCCUUAAUUCGAUUUUAGAGGAGCUUCAGAAAGAUCCAUGGCCAGUGGCAUCAGAUCAACGGGCUGCUAGAUGUACUGGUACAGCACUGAGUUUGGCUGCUCAUUUGUUGGGAGUAUGUGUUCCUGGUUCCGGGGCUAGAAUUAUGGCAUUUUUAGGUGGACCCUCAACCGAAGGGGCGGGAUCUAUUGUGUCUAAAAAUCUGUCUGAACCUUUGCGGUCUCACAAGGACCUGGACAAAGAUUCUGCUCCUCACUAUCACAAAGCUGUGAAGUUUUACGAAGCAAUUUCGAAACAACUUGUUCAUCAGGGGCAUGUGCUGGAUAUUUUUGCUUGUGCACUUGAUCAGGUUGGAGUUGCUGAGCUUAAGGUAGCAGUAGAAAAAACUGGAGGGCUCGUUGUUCUUGCUGAAAGUUUUGGCCAUUCAGUUUUCAAGGAUUCUUUAAGACGCGUUUUUACUUCUGGCGAUCAUGAUCUCGGAAUGUCGUCAAAUGGUAUAUUUGAAAUCAGCUGUUCAAAGGAUAUCAAAAUUCAGGGAAUUAUCGGCCCAUGUGCAUCGCUCGAUAAGAAAGGUCCUUUGUGCUCCGAAACUGUUAUUGGCCAAGGAAACACCACUGCAUGGAAGAUGUGUGGCCUUGACAACACUACUUCCUUGUGCAUAUUCUUCGAUGUUAUCAAGAAAGAGAGCCCCGAUAUUAUUGCUCAAUCAGCUAACAACCAGUUCUAUUUCCAGUUUCUGACAUAUUAUCAGCAUAGCAAUGGACAAAUGAGACUCCGUGCCACUACCCUUUCGAGACGAUGGGUGGCUGGGAUAGGAACUAAAGAGGACAUAAUAUCUGGAUUUGACCAAGAAGCAGCUGCGGUAGUAAUGGCACGCCAAGUCUCUUUCAAAAUGGAGACUGAGGCUGAAUUCGACCCCAUAAGAUGGCUGGACAAAUCGUUGAUACACAUGUGUUCGCAGUUCGGAGAGUACCAAAAGGACAGCCCAUCUUCUUUCAGUUUAUCCCCUCGACUAUCGAUAUUCCCUCAGUUCAUGUUCAAUUUACGACGUUCACAAUUCGUCCAGGUCUUCAAUAACAGCCCAGACGAGACAGCGUACUUUAGAAUGAUUCUGAACAGAGAAAACGUUUCUAAUUCGGUUGUUAUGAUUCAACCUUCCUUGAUCUCCUACUCGUUCCACUCUGGACCGGAACCUGCUCUUCUUGAUGUGAUUUCAAUUGCCGCCGAUAGAAUACUUCUUUUGGAUUCGUAUUUCACCGUCGUUGUUUUUCAUGGUUCCACUGUUGCCCAAUGGCGUAAAGCUGGUUAUCAUGAUUUACCCGAACAUCAUGCCUUUGCUAACUUGCUGAAAGCUCCACGCGACGAAGCGGAUGCCAUAAUAAAAGAGAGGUUCCCAGUUCCCCGCCUUGUAAUCUGCGAUCAGCACGGUUCUCAGGCCCGUUUUCUGCUAGCGAAAUUGAAUCCUUCAGCCACUUACAAUUCAAACGGUGCAGUUGCUCCUGGAGGUGACAUCAUCUUCACCGAUGAUGUCAGCUUCGAGGUCUUCUUAGAUCACCUUCAGCGCCUCACAGUUCAAUAGAGUUCCGCUCCGACAAUUUUUUUCCCGAUGUUAGAUAAAAACACCAUCAAUUUGUAACCAUUUUCUCUCGAUCGAUUUUGUAUAGUAAUGCAUAUGAACGAUCUUUUUUUUUUUUUUUUUUAAUUUUAUUUUAAAUGUCAUCUAUUCUUUAGCUUAUUAUAUAUGUUCAAAGGCUUUGCAAGUCUGUUUAUCAUCCUAAUAAUGUAGAAACUCUAUUGGGUUUUCUCUGGUUUUGAUGUGUUGUUAUUUUUUUCCAAUACUUCCGUUUACCGAGUUCUUUGUUUGUUUGUAAUCGACUGCGUAUUAACGAGGAAGGCCGAUUUGUUAAUGUUUGUUGUAUAAUAUGAUUGCAGAUGUUAGU